AUGAUUCCACCUGUGCAAUAUAGUUAUCCUCUAGCGAUGUCUGAAGCUAAGAGGAUUUGUGGCAAACGAUGGGAUAACUACUACUCUGAAUUGAAGAAGGAAAAUCCACAUUUGCCUCAACAAAAGUUCGAAUCUUUUGUAAGCUUCAAAAAGUUGAUCUGCUUCAAAGCCUCAUAUUUGUUGAGUGCAUUUCAUAAAGGUUUACACUUCCCCACUAACUAUCAACAAUUGCAUCCUGCACUUGAAAUAAACAACAUCGAACUGCAAUGGAGCUUAGGAGCUCUUCUGUACAAGUUAACAGCGAGUACAUCAGAAGAGGAGUAUAACAGAAAGGUUGCAAUAAUUUUAAUCGUUGUUGCUAUUAUUCUGCUCAUUUCAGCAGUGUUAGGCUUUGUACUGUAUUCUGUGUUGAGAAAAAGGUGUUCACGUAUACCGAAACAAUCAAACAGUGAAAUAGACAACUCAGAUACAUAUAAUGUAGAAUCACACGAUCAAUCCUUCAACUUAAACGAUUCAAAAGUUAAUAGCAAUAAUACAAUAGCACCACUUAAUGAUAUGACCUCACCUGGAAAUUGA